ACGUAAUCUUUUGGGUAAAAACUUGUACUCGUGUCGAUGUUGGUGGGAGUAAACCGAAGUAUGGCGUAGAAUUUUUGUUUCGUCACACAGUGCAAACUUCCUUAUUCAUUCGCUGCCACACGUAAUUCACUCGAUCAGCCGGCUGUUGGGAAAUAAAAUUCAUAAUCAAAUCCUGUGGUGUGAUUGUUCACAGUCACUUUCUUGAGACAACAACGAAUAAAGAAUACAGAUCAGAACAAGAUGAGUGUCGACGCGUAUGGACCUAGUAGUCAAACCCUCACCUUUCUCGACACAGAGGAAACAGAUUUAAUUGGAGCGGAUACACAGGGCAGUGAAUUUGACUUCACUGAUUUUACAUUACCCUCGCCGAGUCAAACCCAGGCUUCACAGCAUGAUGCUGCAACCCAGGGCCAGCAAAGUCAACCAGUGCAGGUUAAUGGAACCAGUGUUGCAUCGUCCUUGGACCUGAAGAUUUCUGGGGCAGCACAAACACUCGCGGAGCUACAAUUCGAAGAAGAAGAGGAAGAAGCAUAUUAUAAUCGUGAUUUACCGGAACAUGCGUGUAAAUAUUGUGGUAUUCACGAAGCUUCUUGUGUUGUGAUGUGCAAUGUUUGUCGCAAAUGGUUUUGCAAUGGUCGAGGAAAUACGUCAGGCUCGCACAUUAUCAAUCAUCUCGUUCGGGCAAAGCACAAGGAAGUCACAUUGCACAGAGAUGGACCUUUGGGUGAAACGGUACUCGAAUGUUAUUCAUGUGCAGUGAGAAAUGUCUUCGUUCUUGGUUUUAUUCCCGCAAAAGCAGACUCAGUUGUUGUUCUUCUCUGUCGACAACCAUGUGCUGCACAAAGUUCCCUCAAGGAUAUGAACUGGGAUCAAGAACAAUGGAAACCAUUAAUAGAAGAUCGUAGUUUUCUCGCAUGGUUAGUGAAAAUACCAUCAGAACAAGAGCAAUUGCGUGCAAGACAAAUAUCGGCACAACAAAUAAAUAAACUCGAAGAAUUGUGGCGCGACAAUGUUGAUGCAACAUUUCAGGAUCUUGAGAAGCCUGGUGUUGAUGAGGAGCCACAACAAGUUUUAUUGAGAUACGAGGACGGCUAUCAAUAUCAAAAUAUAUUUGGUCCAUUGGUGAAAUUGGAAGCGGAUUACGAUAAGCGUUUGAAAGAAUCACAAACGCAGGAGAAUAUCGAGGUACGAUGGGAUGUUGGUUUAAAUAAAAAGACAAUUGCCUAUUUUAUGCUUGCAAAAACUGACGGUGAUAUGAAACUAAUGCACGGAGAUGAAUUGCGACUUCGUUACCUCGGGGAAUUGCACAAACCCUGGUCUGGUAUUGGACAUGUGAUUAAAAUACCCGACAACUAUGGCGAAGAAGUUGGUAUUGAGUUGAAAAAUAAUUCUGGAGCGCCUACAGAGUGUGUCAGCAAUUUCGUUGUUGAUUUUAUCUGGAAGAGUACGAGUUUCGAUCGAAUGCAAUUGGCUCUGAAGAAAUUUGCCGUUGACGAUACAUCGGUAUCGGCUUACAUUUAUCACCGUCUUCUUGGUCACGAAGUGGAGGAAGUUUUGUUUCGCUGUCACCUACCGAAACAUUUCAGUGCACCGAAUUUACCGGAUUUGAAUCGUUCUCAAGUCUAUGCCGUGAAGCACGCAGUACAAAGGCCUUUGUCCCUAAUUCAGGGUCCGCCGGGCACGGGAAAAACAGUGACAAGUGCAACAAUUGUUUAUCAACUCGUGAAGCAAAAUGGUGGUCCAGUGCUCGUUUGCGCUCCCUCUAACACGGCUGUCGAUCAACUGACCGAAAAAAUACACAAAUCGAAUCUUAAAGUUGUUCGUCUUUGCGCCAAAUCGCGUGAGGCGAUAGAUUCGCCGGUGAGCUUUUUGGCCCUACACAAUCAGAUAAAAAAUAUGGAAACAAAUACGGAAUUACAAAAACUCCAACAAUUGAAAGAUGAGACCGGUGAGCUUUCCAGUGUCGAUGAGAAACGUUAUCGACUAUUGAAAAAGGCUGCCGAAAAAGAAUUACUCGAAGCUGCCGAUGUGAUUUGUUGUACUUGCGUUGGAGCCGGUGAUCCAAGACUCCACAGACUUAAAUUUCAUUCGAUUUUAAUUGAUGAGAGUAUGCAAGCAACUGAACCGGAAUGCAUGGUUCCAGUCGUAUUAGGAGCAAAGCAAUUGAUCCUCGUCGGUGAUCACUGUCAAUUGGGACCGGUAGUAAUGUGUAAGAAAGCAGCAAGAGCCGGUCUUUCCCAAUCUCUAUUUGAACGUCUCGUUGUCCUUGGAAUACGACCCUUCAGACUUGAAGUUCAAUAUCGAAUGCAUCCCGAUCUGUCACGAUUCCCAUCGAAUUUCUUCUACGAAGGUUCCCUACAAAAUGGUGUCUGUGCCGAUGAAAGAAAACUGCUCAAAAUCGACUUCCCAUGGCCGGCGCCUGAUAAACCAAUGUUUUUCUACGUGACACAGGGCCAAGAAGAAAUUGCCGGCAGUGGAACGUCGUAUUUAAAUCGUACCGAAGCCUCGAAUGUCGAAAAGAUUACAACGCGAUUUUUACGUUGUGGCGUGAAACCAGAACAAAUUGGAGUAAUAACCCCUUACGAAGGGCAACGAGCCUAUUUAGUUCAAUACAUGCAAUAUCAAGGUUCAUUGCACGCGAAACUCUAUCAAGAAAUUGAGGUCGCGAGUGUUGAUGCAUUUCAAGGAAGAGAGAAGGACAUUAUCAUCAUGUCCUGUGUAAGAUCCAAUGAACAUCAAGGUAUCGGUUUCUUGAACGAUCCGCGAAGAUUGAAUGUCGCCUUAACGAGAGCAAAGUACGGGAUUAUUAUCGUCGGUAAUCCCAAAGUUCUCUCUAAGCAACCGCUUUGGAAUCAUUUACUAAGUUUCUACAAGGAGCAAAAAGUUUUAGUCGAAGGUCCUUUAAAUAAUCUAAAAGAAUCCAUGAUUCAAUUCGCAAAACCGAAGAAACUUGUGAAUGCAUCAAAUCCAGGUUCACAUUUCAUGUCAACGUCAAUGUAUGACGCGAGGGAAGCACUAAUUCCUGGCUCAGUUUACGAUAGGUCCGGAGCGCAAGUGAAUGGCAAUCAGAAUCACAAUCCUUAUUAUCAGAGGAAUGUGACGUUGGACAUUUUCAGUAGAACGCAUGACACGAUUAGUUAUAUUAGUCCUGAGAGGGCGCAGGCAGCGAUGAAUAAUGUUCCAGUUCCGGUGGGAAUGUUCAUGAACAUGGCACAUGUGCCGCCGAGAUUUUACAAUCAACAUCAACAGGCACUCCAGGCGAGGCAAAAUCAACGCAAUCGACGUGGAAUGACACCAUUGAAGAGCAAAGCCGGAGCACGAAUUGGAAAAUUGAGUCAGACAGAGCAGAAUACACAACCCUAUAGUCAACCAGGCUUGCCAUUGACGCAAGGAACAACGCAGGGAAUGUCGCAACCUGGCUUCAGUCUCUCGCAACCUGGACUCUCGCAAGCGGAACUCUCACAGGAUUCAUUCGCAGUUGGUGAAUUUCAAUCGCAAAUGGACGGACUAUUAUCUCAGGACUCGACUUAUCAGGGCGAUAGAAGUGGCUUUUAUCAAUCAGGCCAGUCGCAAGCCGGGGGUCAAUUCUCCCAGCCCUAUUGAGCCGAAAGCAUACGGCUGAACAAUGCAUUCGCCAUGCAGCGUCGCGGGAGCGACUGAGAAGGCUCGUUUCGACCAAUUUUUCUUCGUCCAACAAACAACAACAUCAACAAAAAAUCACUAACUGCGCAAAACGGUAAAACACGGCUUGGCGAUUGAGUAACGGUCCUGUGUGUACAUUCACGAAAGGUCAUCAUCGUCGUCGUCGUCGUUGUCAAAGAAGGGGUAACUAUGGUUAACAAACAAAACAACAACAACAAAAAAACACGUUUAUCGCCGUUCGCCGUUUUCAAACGGAAAACCCGUUUCAAUGAUGAGAUCAAAUGGUAUGGAUGGAUUCAUUGGAAAUAAAUUCAUUGUGGCAAAGGCUAUACAAAGGACAUCGAAAUAUCGAAGAAAAUGACACCAAAGUCUAUAAUAGAGAAUAGGAAAUGCCAAUUUAACGUAAUACGCGCUUACCGUGAGCGGAUCGUUUUCUUUAAAUCGCGGUUAUCGAGUGACGCUGGUAUUUUAAAAAAAAACACACACCCAACAAAAGUAAAAGCAAAAAAAAAGAAAAAAGAAAAUGAUACUUGCAACGCUUAAAUGACGUGACCAAAUUGAACGAGUGUGCCACGUAGUAGCAGUUUUCUCUGCAAUCGAACGGAGUACUUAUUUUUUAUUAAAACAAUUUUCCAUUUGAAAAAUUAUACAAGAAAAUACAUUUUUUUAUUACAAAAAAAGAAACUCCUCGAGAGAGUUAAAAUUUUCUUCAAUUGACAGAUAAAUUUUUUGGAAAAUAUUUUCAAAUUUUUCAUCUCCGUUCAAUGCAGUCAAGAUAAAUGUAUCUUGAAAGCACGCACAUACCACGGCACACGUGCAAUUCGCUAAUUCACGGUAUCGUGUCGACAACAAAAAUUAUUACUGUCAUAACAGCGCGAGGUCAAUAUCUCCCUCGAAUCUUCUAGCUUUUAGCAUUCAAGUAAAAAUGCAACGCUGACCACGGGAAUUCAUCAAUUAAACCAAUUUAUUUUGCUUCAUUUUUUUGUUUUUCCCCCUCCACUCAACUCACACUACUCCCAAAUCAUAUUUUUAUUCUCUUUCUCUUUUCAUUUCUUGUGAUUUCGUUCAUUAAAAAAAAAGCCUUGUGUUUAUUGACGAGGCCGUUAGGAGCGAGAAGGCGUUAAAAAUGUUGAUUUUAGUUUGUCUAUUGAGCUUGAAAAUAAUAAAAAAAAUUUUUGGGAGCGUUAGAGAAAUUUUUAUUGACACUUGAAAAUGUCAAGAAAUAAAGAAAAAAUAAUAAGAAACUAAAAAAAAAAAAUCAAAUCUUUUGUUUCUUAUAUAUGAAAGAAAAAAAAGGAAUUUCAGGAUAAAAAUAUCCUGAUUUUUAAGCGUUGCUUUCUGCAAUAUAUAUAUAUAUAUGUAUAUGUAUUAUGGUACAAACAGAAUUAUUCAGUGAAUUUUAUCGUAUUUUUUUCAAUUAUUAUAAUUGUCAGGGUUUUUUUCAUGUAAUAUUUUUUUAGUUUCGUAAAAUAGAUUUUUUUUAAGAAUGCUUGCAACUUUUUUUGUACCGGCUUCGAACGGCUAUUACUUCUUCGAAAUGUAAUAAGUAGUUUACGUAAUGCAAAAGCAAAGUAAAAUUAAAGUUUAUUUUUUUUCUCUUUUUAUCAACAGCGCACCGCUCACUGCAAUUACAGAAAUUCAUUGUGAAAUCUUAUGGUACCAAUAAAUUUAAUUUGACAUCUAA